AAUGUGCUUGGAGCACUAAGCAAAAAGUAGCCUACAACUCUCCAGCGCACACUGUCCGUCCUCGUGCAGCUCUGAAUGAAGCGCGUGUCUCUCACGCAGCUCCCGUUACCGGAGUGAUUCAACUACUGGAGGAUGAGAGUGAACGGUCGCGGUACUUUGCAAAUGAACGCUGCCGGUAAACGGUCCUGUUGACUGAGAUUGUUUUGCGGGAAUCUCUGAGCGUCUUUACCACAGCUGUAUCUACAUGUGGCGGCUUUCACAUCACCUCAGCAUUUCGCUUUAGAAGGGUACUGGAGAGCAGGAACAAAAUACCUCACUGGGAACAUGGGCCAAUCUGGGACUUCAUCCUAUUUUUCUCUCGCUCUAAAACUCAGCAUCUUCCUCUUAGUUUUCUCCUAUGAGCUCACGCCAGUCAUUGCAGGCAGCUCCAAAUCGAGUUUAGAUGUAGAUACUUCCAAUGCAAACUCUUCUCAAGAGACAUGUGGUGGUAGUUAUGAAUGCAAAGAGGGGGUGAUCUUGCCAAUUUGGACACCGGUAAACCCGUCCUUUGGGGAUAAGUUGGCCAGAGCCACUGUGUACUUUGUCGGUUUGUUCUACAUGUUCCUAGGGGUAUCCAUCAUUGCAGACCGCUUUAUGGCUUCCAUUGAGGUCAUCACAUCCCAGGAGAAAGAGAUCACCAUUAAGAAGCCCAACGGAGAAACCACAACUACUACUGUUCGUAUUUGGAAUGAAACGGUCUCGAAUUUGACUCUCAUGGCUUUGGGUUCCUCAGCCCCAGAGAUUCUGCUGUCCGUGGUUGAAGUGUGUGGGCACAACUUUCACGCAGGCGAGCUGGGCCCAAACACCAUUGUGGGAAGUGCAGCUUUUAACAUGUUUGUCAUCAUCGGUCUCUGUGUCUCUGUGAUACCCGAAGGAGAGCAUCGGAAGGUCAAGCACCUGCGGGUCUUCUUUGUCACCGCCACUUGGAGUAUCUUUGCAUAUACGUGGCUUUACCUGAUUUUGGCAGUGAUUUCCCCAGGUAUUGUGGAGGUCUGGGAGGGACUUCUUACCCUGUUUUUCUUUCCGAUUUGUGUAUUAUUUGCUUGGGUUGCAGACCGGAGACUUCUGUUUUACAAGUACGUGUACAAACGCUACAGAGUUGGAAAGCAACGUGGGAUAAUUAUCGAGACUGAAGGUGAACCAGAGCUCCAGUCAAAGGCUGAUAUCGAAAUGGAUGGCGGGAUGCUUAACUCUCACGCAGAGGAGUUUUUAGACGGUGCAGUUGAUAAUGAAGAUAAAGACGUGGAUGAGGACGAGGCCAGAAGGGAAAUGGCCAAGAUUUUGAAGGAACUGAAACAGAAGCAUCCGGAAAAAGAGAUGGAGCAGCUUGUUGAGCUUGCCAACUACCACGUCCUCAGCCAGCAACAGAAGAGCCGUGCUUUCUAUCGCUGUCAGGCCACUAGACUUAUGACUGGUGCAGGAAAUAUACUGAAGAAGCAUGCUGCAGACCAAGCCAGAAAAGCACUUGGCAUCCAUGAACUUCGAUCGGAAGUCUCCGAUAAUGAUAUAUCCUCCAAGAUUUUCUUUGACCCUGGCACAUAUCAGUGUUUGGAGAACUGUGGGACAGUGGCUUUGAACGUGGUACGACGCGGUGGGGACUUAACUAGCACUGUGUCAGUGGAGUACAGAACUGAGGAUGGCACUGCCAAUGCAGGUUCUGAUUACCAGUUCACUGAGGGUGUUAUAGUCUUCAAACCAGGUGAAAUUGAAAAGGAGAUCAGAGUGGACAUUAUCGAUGAUGAUAUAUUUGAAGAAGACGAACACUUCCUGGUUCAUCUCAGCAAUGUCAAGGUCAUAUCUGAAGGAACCAACAAUGGAAACCCAGGUGCCAAUCAUGUGGACACAUUAGCUGGCCUUGGCCUUCCUUCCACAGCUACAGUGACUAUCUUUGAUGAUGACCAUGCUGGCAUCUUCUUAUUUGAGGAACCAAUUGUUCAUAUCAGUGAAAGCAUUGGCAUGAUGGAGGUGAAGGUGGUACGUACAUCUGGAGCUCGUGGAGUAGUGGUAAUCCCCUAUAAAACCAUCGAAGGCACAGCUAAAGGUGGAGGAGAGGACUUUGAAGACACCCAUGGAGUCUUGGAGUUCCAGAAUGAUGAGAUUUCCAAGACUAUUCAGAUCAAUAUAAUCGAUGACGAGGAGUAUGAAAAGAAUAAGAACUUCUUCCUGGAGAUUGGAGAGCCACAAUUGGUGGAAAUGAGUGAGAGAAAAGCUAUGUUGCUGCAUGAAUGUGGUGGAUUCGUUAAGACAGAUAAGCAGCUUUAUGGCAGGGAUGUGUACCGGAAAGUGCAGGGUAGAGACAAACCAAUCCCCUCCACCAUUAUCAGCAUCUCAGAGGACGGGGAAGAAGAGACUCUGACUAAAAAAGAGAAAGAUGAGAGGCGUAUUGCUGAAAUGGGUCGUCCGACACUGGGUGAACACGUGAAACUUGAAGUAAUCAUCGAAGAGUCCUAUGAAUUCAAGAGCACCGUCGACAAACUCAUAAAGAAAACCAACUUGGCCCUUCUGGUGGGUACCAACAGUUGGAGAGACCAGUUUGUUGGAGCCAUCACAGUCAACUCAGGGGAUGAUGAUGAUGAAGAGUGUGGUGAAGAAAAGAUGCCAUCCUGCUUCGACUACGUCAUGCACUUCCUCACAGUGUUCUGGAAGGUUCUGUUUGCAUUCGUGCCCCCCACCGACUACUGGAACGGCUGGGCUUGUUUCAUCGUGUCCAUCAUCAUGAUUGGGGUCCUCACUGCCUUCAUCGGAGAUCUAGCAUCUCAUUUCGGGUGCACUAUUGGCCUGAAAGACUCUGUGACCGCAGUCGUGUUUGUGGCACUGGGAACGUCUGUGCCAGACACAUUUGCCAGUAAAGUGGCAGCGAUCCAGGAUCAGUACGCGGACGCCUCCAUUGGCAACGUGACAGGCAGCAAUGCAGUGAACGUGUUUCUGGGCAUCGGAGUGGCCUGGUCCAUCGCUGCCAUCUUCCACCAGUAUCAGGGGCAGCAGUUUCGUGUGGACCCCGGGACGCUGGCCUUCUCCGUCACACUCUUCACCAUCUUUGCCUUCGUCUGCGUCGCCGUCCUCAUGUACCGCCGCAGACCUGAGAUCGGCGGAGAACUAGGCGGCCCGCGCCAUCCCAAAAUAAUCACCACUACACUGUUUUUCAGUCUCUGGUUGAUGUACAUCAUACUGUCCUCAAUGGAGGCUUAUUGCAUCAUCAAGGGUUUCUAAAAUAAUGGCGCAGACGCGGGACGGUGUAAUUAAUUAGACUCCUGUGAACGAAUGGAAGAGGUUCAGAAGAGGAGCUCAGAGCAGCUGUGGAAGACUGCCUGUUGUUUGUUACAUCCACUGUAUGUUUUAUGUGUGUGAAUGCCCAGCUAACAAGGAACUUUCUCUGAAUGUCCUGGUGAGGUUCUCUCUAAGUUAUUAGUGAAUAUUUUUUUUCAGAGCAGUUUUUUUUCAUUGUUUCCUCUCAUUAUUAGUUUUUUUUUUUAGAUCUUCUGUUUUUAUUUUAGUUUUCCAGUGCUGGGUUGAGGCAGGGAAAAAAAACAUAGGCUCAUUCUUAAAACGUACCCUUAUAUACAUUUCUAGAGAUCGCAAAUUAUGUCGCCAGAAGUACGUAUGGCUGCAUUUCAUCUUCAAAAUGAACAAUACGGGGUGGUAUUACGCCGUUCCUUUUCGCGCUUACCAGAUGACCGAAUGGACGGCUUUUCUGCUGUCACCAGUUUGUCUGGCAGCUCGACAUAUAUGUCAGUGGACUUUAGACACAGUGAGGAGUUGACCACAACAACGGGGUUUGAGUCCAUUGAAGAACGGCUCCAAAAAAAGUGGGUAAGACAAAAUCAGAAGCUAAAAAAUUAAAUAAACGAGUAAAUAAAAACAUCUGAAAAUGUGGUAAAAAUCAGGUGAGGGCUUUUCUUUUUCUGGAUUGCUUUUUAAAACUGUGGUUGGGUUUAGGGAAGGGGGAUGGUGGGGGAUCGGUCAGUUGGUCAGUCAGUCAAUGAGUCAGUCGACAGCGGCCUUUGGUGGAUUUGCGCGAGAACGGCAGGCACGAACGGCACCCACAAGAGAAAUUUGAGAUCUCAAACCGCAUACACAAAACAAAAAUUGCAAAGAAACGUAGCUCCUGGAACGUAUUUUGCUCUCUCCAGAAAUGUAUACAGGGGUACAUAAUCAGAAUGAACCUGGGUUGGAGUAAAUUCAUUCCACUGUGGUGACCCCUGAUAAAUUAUAUAAAUCCAAAAAAUGUGAUAAAUCAAAUACAUUUUAAUUUUUGAAGUGUUUGUUGUUUAGUUUUGCUUUAACUUGCUUGAAUUUACAAUAACUGGUCUUUAAUAGUGUGCCCAAACAUUGAUUCAUUCAUUCAUUCAUUUUCUUUUUGGCGUAGUCCCUUUAUUAAUCUGGGGUUGCCACAGCAGAAUGAACAGCCAACUUAUCCAGCACGUUUUUACGUAGCGGAUGCCCUUCCAGCCACAACCCAUCACUGGGAAACAUCCACUACAAACGUACACUACGAACAAUUUAGCCUACCCAAUUCACCUGUACCGCAUGUCUUUGGACUGUAGGGGAAACCGGAGCACAUGCAAACUCCAAACAGAAACUGACCCAGCCAAGGCUCGAACCAGCAAUGUGAGGCGACAGCACUACAUACUGCGCCACUGCGUCGCCCUGCCCAAACAUUAACACUAAAUAUUAUUUAUUAGAUUAACAUAAUUUUUUAAUACAGUUUAUUUAGAAAAUUUAGAGAUUUGGUGUAAUGUUUUUAUAUAUUACCUGUUUAGAGAACAUCCAAAAGUAAGAUUUGAUCUAUCAAUGGAAUACACAUUGAUUUUCACUUAUCAGGAAGAAAAAUAAAACUAUUUAAACUGAAACUUUCAGCAAUAAUAUUUUAUAUUGAAAUGGGAAUGUUAGCGAAAUGUUCUGAGAAGGUAUUUUUGUUAGCUGGGCUCACGUGUGUUUCUGCUGUUGACAUGAAUCUAGUUUUCCAUGAAGAAAGAAACAGAUUGUCUAGAGGUUUUUUAAAUUUGACAUAGUAUUUUAGUAAAAUUGUACAGAUUUUAGAAAAAAAUGUUCAUUUUGCUUGACUGAUUAAAGGGAUAGUAUUUCAUCACCAUUUACUUACACUCAAGUGGUUGUAAACAUUUACCAGUUUUGUUCUUUUGUUGAACACAAAACAGGUUCUGAGGAAUGUUGGACAAUGCAUUGUCUAUAGGAGGUUACAAAAAACUAUGGAAGUCAGUGGUUGAGAUUCUUUGUGUUCAACAGAAUUUACUAUCCCUUUAAGCUUUAGACUGAGUAAACAAUGACAUGAAUGAUCGUAAAAUGAUUAUAUUCACACUGAUCCCUUUGAAAAUGACCAAAAAUGUGUUGUAUUACUCUGCAUGCCAGGCCAGCAAGUGAUGAUGUCAUUUUGUUAAAUAACACUACACACCAGCGCACGUGAUGUCACUGUUUUGUAGUUUAAAAAGGGACAACGGUAACUAAAGGUGGGCUGCGUUCAUGUCAUCCUGGGACGUUCCUACUUAAGAGUUCACAAGUCGUAAUAACGACAUCUGCUGUGUUCAAGUCACUUUCAAUGGCACACAAUAGAGUUGUACCUACUUUUGAUAAAUUAAACACAGUAGAGUUUGUUACCUCUCCUUACAGAAAAUGAAGAGCAAAGAUUUUGCAUCAAUUGUGUUUAUUCACUUACAGUCCACAAGAGUUGACAUUCCACUUAUAUGAAUUCUGCCCCCUGAUCUACAUGUAGUAAGCAAGGGCGUAGAUUUGGCAUAGAUGGAAGGGAUGUGUCCCCCCAAUAUCCAGCAGUUACUGAAAUGUCCCUACCAAUAUUUUACUUACCUUCAAAAUAAAAUAAUGCUACCUCAACCCUAGUAACCUAGACAUGCAGGGUUAAAUUAUAUUCUCUUCUCGUGUCCUCCCUCCCACAAAACACAUAAGGACAGUGUGAUUGGCUGGGCCUAUUUACGUAUGACAGCUGUAAUUAUACAUUUGAAUGUGAGAAGCACCAAAACAAGAAUUUUUUCCUGUACUCCUUUACUGUACAAGACGUGGACAUAAGUAGCUACUUUUCAAAGUGUCAAGUUUUUAAAGUGAAGUUCGCUUAGAGUCCACCAUAAUAAUAUUAACCAAAGCUGUGCAAUUAAUGGAAAUUUGGUUUAAAUUUUGGCUUUCAUGAUUAUAAAAAAUAGUAAUUGGGAUAAAAAGGUUAAAUUGUGUCACGUGCCUCUCUAAAUUUCUCUACAUUCAUACCUCCUCAAAGCCAGAUUGCAGUAUAAUCAUGUCAAUUGACUUUUGCAGCAUGGGAUGUGUUUCAUUAAUUGUUAUUCGUAUUAUUAGGUGUUUUUGUUCAUGUUGUUGAAAGCAUGAAGGAGAAUCUGUGCUGUUCUAUGCAUGCGCUAUAGAUGUAUGUCCCCACCAAUUUCAAGAGCUAAUCGACAACGUUUCGACCUACAUGGUCUUCUUUAGGUAGUGAUAGACCUGAUGAAGACCAUUCUUUUGAUCUUUUGCCACUGUGUUUGUUUUUGAUCGAGCACGUGCCUUUGAGAAUUCUAGAUGUGCGCACAUUUCUGUUUCUUAAGAGCUAAUCUCAACCCUUGGUAGUAAGAUAUAUAAUGGUAGAACUCUCAAUUAUGGAUCAGAGAUUCCGCUAUGUUUCUUACUGACAUGUCCCCAACUCAGAAGCUUGAGGCUUAAAGAAAAUUUUGAGUUUCCCCACCCAUAAUGACUUUGUAGUGACAUUCAUAUGCAUUUAAUUCGUAAAAACUAUUUUCCAGACAUGACUUGAACACACCAUAAUUCUGUCAUUCGUCAGCAUGACAGCGGCAUUUUGGAAGCCUGAAAACGCAUUUUUGAAAAUGCUUAAUGACAUUAUAUGUAUUAAGUGUUCAGUUUAUUUAGUUAAUAUGUGCACAGGUGCCUAUUGUUACUUGACAAAGUGACAUCGCCCCCUACUGGUGUAUAAUGCAAAAUACAGCAUGUUUAGUGUUUUUCGUGGAUCAUCAUCUUUUAAUUCAAAAACGAAUGACCUUAGGAUCCAACAUUAACGAAAGAUCCCCGUCAUUUAAAUUUCAUUCAUAUACUUGAACCAUUUUGUAAAAGAGCAAGAAGAAACAAAAUGCAAAUAUGUUGUUAAAAAAGAAAACAUUGCAUUUUAACACUAAACGGGUGUUUAGAGCAACAAACGGCGUCAAAGACUUUAUUUUGUAAUAUGUUAAAGCAUUAGCGUGUGGAUUUGUGAGUAUUAUAAGUUUUGACUUCCGUUUAUUUAUUUUAUUUUUCAUAAGUAAUCUAAAAAAAUCCACCUUCCAGGUUUUUUGUGACACCGACUCAGCAACAGCUCAACCCCACAAACUCUACAGGAGCCCUUUGAGGACAUUUCAGAAUAAUCUCCUAAUAUAAUAUGUACUGUGUGUUCUGUGUGUCCAAACCUACAUGUUACGUUUUGUCAUCAUGGACUCAAAGAAGUGUGCAGGUACCAGUAGUUUUAGUACACAACGAAUUCCUACAGUAUGUCUGCCCGCAUUUAGAUGAAAUGAGAACAUGUUCAUUCGAGAAUUGUUUUUAUUGUUUUAAUACUAUAAGAGAAGUGCAUGUUCUCUCCUGGUUUUUUUUGCGACUGCUCCCUUUAUGAAUAUAAAGAAAGACUAUUUUUGGAUCUCACACACAAGUCCAAUCAACACUAAGUCAGCUGUGACACUGGGAAUAUGAAUUUAUUGUGGAGUGUUCAGUCUUCAGAUACAAUUUCAGGACUCUUCAUCCCAUUUGAGAAUACGAGCACACUGGUGAGAUGUUUUUUAUUUCUUUUUCAGUUUUUUUGUUUUCAGGUAGUAUUGGAUUAGUUUCUGUCCUUCCGAACGAGUCAUUCGAACAAUGUCCUCUUUUACUCUACAUUUUCCGGAUAUGAAGUAGUUUUCCCUCGCGUGUGCGAGUGCUCAGAUCCUGUAAGUUUUAUUUUGAUUGUCAUCUGUAUAAUACAGUCUUUCUUUGGAA